CCUCAGCCUACUUCAGUUCCCACACAGGGACGGGGCGUCCAGACCGAGUGGGAGAUAGGCAGAAGCUUGGAGGGAAAUAAUAUCUGCAGUGACCCAAAGCCCAGAGGCAGAACCACUGGGCUCCAUUUAUCUUCUCAAGAGCCUGUGACCUGAAGGUUGAGCUCAAGGACGCUCCCAGGCAAGUCACUGAAGUUUUCCCCUUGCUCUGCCCGUUGACCUCUGCUCUCCCCUGAUUACUCCUGAGAAAUGGAGCGAUCCACACAAGAACUUUUCCUCAACUUCAUGAUUGUUCUGAUUACUGUAUUGCUCAUGUGGCUGCUUGUGAAGUCUUACCAGGACUAAAAGACAAUCAGAAACUCUGGGAGGUGACUUAAGCGUGUGUCUCCGCAGACAUAAGUAACACCACAGCACACCGCUGUGAUUAGCUUUCAGUCAAUUGAGGAUGUCAUGAAUUUUUUUUUACUCUCUCAUAUCUGUUGCCCGUGCUAAUGUCUGUCAUGGGUCUAUGAUGGUGUAAUUAUUUUAUUCUGCAGUGAUCCAGCUUUAAAAUGUAAAAUGCAAGAUCCUUAGGAAUUGUUCUAUGUGACUGUCUCCUCCAGUAGUUACUGUCAAUGCUGUAACCCCUGCCCGCCAUGCCGGCUUGUUUGGCAUCGGUGUUAGGUUCUCGAGGGUUUAAAACUGCAGUAUGCAAUGUAACCGUCUGAAUCAACCAGCGUAAAAGGCACAAACUCGCUUAGCAAAAAGGAAUGUGAAACCUCUAUUUUCACUGGUUUGUUUCACUUAAAUAAAGAACAUGUA